ACGCUGGUGUCGUCACACACUGGUGAUGUGCCUUUGAUUUCAGUAAACAAUUUGAUAGUGCUCCAGCGCCGCUCCAACCGUGUGCUCCUGUACACUGUGUCCCGACACAGGAUAAUGGUCAUUAUGAAAAGCUCGGGAGGAUUACAACUCGCCUUCAGAAUUUAUAAGCGAAGUCAUCACUCAGUUGGAAUUAUUGGAGCGCCUUUUUCAAAAGGACAACCGCGGGAUGGUGUGGAGAAAGGACCAGACCUCAUUCGCGCAGCCGGAUUGGUGGAGAAGCUUAAAGCGCAAGGCUGUGCGGUCAGAGACUAUGGCAACGUGACGUUUGAGGAGGUGGCCAACGAUGAGCCAAUAGGCAAUGUGAAGAGACCCAGAGCGGUGGGCAGCGCCAACCAACGUCUGUCUGCUGCCGUCCACGCUGUGAAAAAUGACGGACACACCUGUGUGAUGCUGGGAGGAGAUCACAGUUUGGCAAUAGGCUCGAUCCAGGGGCAUGCAGCAGCUAAGAAGGACCUCAGUGUGGUAUGGGUGGACGCCCAUGCAGACAUCAACACACCCCUGACCUCCCCUACAGGCAAUAUCCACGGACAGCCCAUGUCCUACCUCAUCCACGAGCUGCAAUCCAAGAUUCCAGUUCUGCCAAAUUUCUCUUGGAUAAAGCCAUGCGUAUCAGCCAAAGACAUAGUCUACAUUGGCUUGAGAGACGUGGAUCCAGAGGAGCACCAUAUCCUGAAGCUACUGGGUAUCAAAGUUUACUCCAUGACUGAGGUGGAUCGCCUUGGAAUCGCCAAAGUGAUGGAGGAGACAUGUGACUACAUCUUCUCAAAGGUGAAGAAGCCCAUCCAUCUGAGCUAUGACAUCGACGCCCUGGACCCAUCAAUCUCCCCGGCCACAGGAACCCCAGUAGUGGGAGGGCUGACCUACAGGGAGGGAAUCUACAUCACAGAGCACAUCAGUCAGACAGGGCUGCUGUCUGCAGUGGACAUGGUGGAGGUGAACCCUAAGAGGGGCAGGACAGAUGAUGAGAUCAGCUCCACGGUCAACGCUGCAGUAGAUCUGAUACGUGGCUGCUUCGGAAAGCUUCGGGAGGGAAACCACCCUGCAGACUACAAGAUGCCCCUGCCUUGAGCUGCCAACCACCACCAGAAUCUGCUGUUAGGAUAAAGGUCUCUGGCCAUCAAACGCAAUCUUUUGUAUUAAAUCAUGGAGAUUAAAAUACUUUUUUCCCACA